AACCACACCACCGGGUAGUGCAAACACUCCCAGUCCUCUACCCCUGGGCUGUACUGGUCCUGCCCUCCGUGCAUCACCUGUGACCUGACCAAGAAAAUAAGCAAGGAUGGCUGACCUGUCAGAGUUCGGAGAAGCGGCGCCCUACCUGCGGAAGUCAGAUAAGGAGCGUCUGGAGGCACAGACGCGGCCCUUCGACAUGAAGAAGAACGUCUUCGUCAAUCACCCCAAGGUCGAGUUCAUCAAGGCCCUCGUGCAGAGCGUGGACGAUGGAAAAUACACCGUGGAGACGGCGGAUGGCGAAACGGUCGUCGUGAAGGACGUGGACGUGAUGCAAAUGAAUCCGCCCAAGUUCGACAAGAUCGAGGACAUGGCCAUGCUGACCUUCCUCAACGAGCCGUCCGUGCUGUUCAACCUCAAAGAGCGUUACGCCGCAUGGAUGAUCUACACGUACUCGGGGCUGUUCUGUGUCACGGUGAACCCCUACAAGUGGCUGCCCGUGUACAGCUCGCAGUGCGUAAACGCGUACCGGGGCAAGAAACGGCAGGAGGCCCCUCCACACAUCUUCUCCAUCUCUGACAAUGCAUACCAGUACAUGCUUUCGGACAGAGAAAAUCAGUCAGUUCUGAUCACUGGCGAGUCUGGAGCGGGGAAAACUGUGAACACGAAACGUGUCAUCCAGUACUUCGCGUCCAUCGCUGCAGCGGGAACCAAGCGCGACGCCAGCAAGGGAACCUUGGAGGAUCAAAUCGUCUCAGCCAACCCUGCACUGGAGGCCUUCGGCAAUGCGAAGACACUCAGGAACGACAACUCCUCCCGAUUCGGAAAAUUUAUCCGCAUUCACUUCGGAACGACCGGAAAACUGGCGUCCGCCGACAUUGAAACCUAUCUGUUGGAGAAAUCUCGUGUUACGUUCCAGCUGAAGGCUGAACGCAACUACCACAUCUUCUACCAGAUCCUGAGCCAGAGGAAACCUGAGCUCCUGGAAAUGCUGCUGGUGACCACCAACCCGUACGAUUACUCCUUCAUCAGCCAGGGCCAGGUCACCGUGGCUGGAAUGGAUGACGGAGACGAGCUCAUGGCUACGGAUAGUGCCUUCGACAUCCUGGGCUUCACAACGGAGGAGAAAGCGAGCGUGUACAAGCUGACGGGAGCCAUCAUGCACUUCGGCAACAUGCACUUCAAGCAGAAGCAGCGAGAGGAGCAAGCGGAGGCAGACGGCACUGAGGACGCCGACAAAGCGUCGUACCUCAUGGGCCUCAACUCGGCCGACCUCAUCAAGGGCCUAUGCCACCCCAGGGUCAAGGUCGGCAACGAGUACGUGACCAAGGGUCAGGACGUGCAGCAGGUGUCCUAUUCCAUCGGUGCACUGGCAAAGUCCGUGUACGAGAAGAUGUUCAACUGGAUGGUCGUGCGCAUCAACCAGUCGCUGGAGACCAAGGCACCGCGACAGCACUUCAUCGGUGUGCUGGACAUCGCUGGCUUCGAGAUCUUCGACUUCAACUCAUUUGAACAGAUCUGCAUAAACUUCACCAACGAGAAGUUGCAGCAAUUCUUCAACCACCACAUGUUCGUGCUGGAGCAGGAGGAGUACAAGAAAGAGGGCAUCGAGUGGGUCUUCAUUGAUUUCGGCAUGGACCUGCAGGCCUGCAUCGAGCUCAUCGAGAAGCCCAUGGGCAUCAUGUCCAUCCUGGAAGAGGAGUGCAUGUUCCCCAAGGCGUCCGACCAGAGCUUCAAGGCAAAGCUGUACGACAACCACCUGGGCAAGUCCGCCAACUUCCAGAAGCCGCGCAUCGUCAAGGGUAGGCCGGAGGCGCACUUUGCGUUGAUGCACUACGCCGGCGUGGUGGACUACAACAUCUCGGGUUGGCUCAUCAAGAACAAGGACCCGCUCAACGAGACCGUGGUGGGGCUCUAUCAGAAGUCCUCACUCAAGCUGCUCUCCGUGCUGUUUAUGAACUACGCCGCUGCAGAUGCUGAUGCCGCCAAGAAGGGGGGCGCCAAGAAGAAGGGCUCUUCCUUCCAGACGGUGUCAGCUCUGCACAGGGAGAACCUGAACAAGCUGAUGACCAACUUGAGGUCCACGCAUCCUCACUUUGUGCGCUGCAUCAUCCCCAACGAGGAGAAGAAACCAGGUGCGAUGGACAACGCCCUGGUGAUGCACCAGCUGCGUUGUAACGGCGUGCUGGAGGGAAUCCGUAUCUGCAGGAAGGGAUUCCCCAACAGGAUCCUCUACGGUGACUUCAAGCAACGGUACCGUAUCCUGAAUCCGAAUGCCGUGCCCGAGGGACAGUUCAUGGACAGUCGAAAAUCGGCUGAGAAGCUCCUGUCCACCCUCGACAUCGACCACACGCAGUACAAGUUCGGACACACCAAGGUGUUCUUCAAGGCCGGUCUUCUGGGCACACUGGAAGAGUUGCGAGAUGACCGCCUCUCAAAGAUCAUCACCCUCAUGCAGUCACAAUGCAGGGGCUUUCUGUCACGCAAGGAGUUUGCUAAGAUCAUCGAACGCAGGGACGCGCUGCUCGUCAUCCAGUACAACAUCCGCGCAUUCAUGGGUGUCAAGAACUGGCCGUGGAUGAAGCUCUUCUUCAAGAUCAAGCCGCUGCUCAAGAGCGCCGAGACCGAGAAGGAGAUGCAGAACAUGAAGGAGGACUUCCUGAAGCUGAAGGAGGCCUACGCCAAGUCGGAGGCACGCCGCAAGGAGCUGGAGGAGAAGUCGGUGUCACUCCUGCAGGAGAAGAACGACCUCGCCAUGCAAGUGCAGUCGGAGCAAGAUAACAUCGCGGACGCCGAGGAGCGCUGCGAGCAGCUCAUCAAGAGCAAGAUCUCUCAGGAGGGGAAGAUCAAGGAGCUGACGGAGCGACUGGAGGAGGAAGAGGAGAUGAACGCCGAGAUGACGGCCAAGAAGCGCAAGCUGGAGGACGAGUGCAGCGAGCUCAAGAAGGACAUUGACGACCUGGAGCUCACGCUCGCCAAGGUGGAGAAGGAGAAGCACGCCACGGAGAACAAGGUGAAGAACCUGACGGAAGAGAUGGCCGCUCUGGAUGACAUCAUCGCGAAGCUGACCAAGGAGAAGAAGGCCCUCCAGGAGGCUCACCAGCAAACGCUGGACGACCUGCAGGCUGAGGAGGACAAGGUCAACUCGCUCACCAAGAGCAAGGCCAAGCUGGAGCAGCAAGUGGACGACCUGGAGGGCUCACUGGAGCAGGAGAAGAAGGUGCGCAUGGAUCUGGAGCGCGCCAAGAGGAAGCUGGAGGGAGACCUCAAGCUGACCCAGGAGACCAUCAUGGACCUGGAGAACGACAAGCAGCAGCUGGAGGAGAAGUCCAAGAAGAGGGAGUUUGAGAUGAGCACCCUGAACAGCCGAAUUGAGGAUGAACAGGCACUGGCUGCUCAGCUUCAGAAAAAGAUCAAGGAACUGCAGGCGCGCAUUGAGGAGCUGGAGGAGGAGCUCGAGGCUGAGCGAGCGGCGCGCGCCAAGGUGGAGAAGCAGCGAGCGGACGUGGCGCGCGAGCUGGAGGAGAUCAGCGAGAGGCUGGAGGAGGCGGGAGGAGCCACGGCGGCGCAGAUCGAGUUCAACAAGAAGCGUGAGGCCGAGUUCCAGAAGCUGCGUCGCGACCUGGAGGAGUCGACGCUGCAGCACGAGGCCACGGCGUCGGCGCUGCGCAAGAAGCACGCGGACAGCGUCGCCGAACUGGGCGAGCAGCUGGACAACCUCCAGCGCGUCAAGCAGAAGCUGGAGAAGGAGAAGAGCGAGUUCAAGAUGGAACUGGACGACGUCCUCUCCAACAUGGAGUCCGUCGUCAAGACCAAGUCGAACCUGGAGAAGAUGUGCCGCAGCUAUGAGGAUCAGCUCAACGAGCUCAAGGUGUCGUUUGAGGAGAACCAGCGAGCACUCAACGACUUCACGGCGCAGAAAGCCAAACUGCAAACAGAGAACGGCGAGCUGUCCCGGCAGAUGGAGGAGAAGCAGGCGCUCAUCACGCAGCUGACGCGCGGGAAGCAGUCGUUCACUCAGCAGGUGGAGGAGCUGCGACGACAGCUUGAUGAGGAGCUCAAGGCGAAGAGCGCGCUGGCGCACGCGGUGCAGGCGGCGCGGCACGACUGCGACCUGCUGCGCGAGCAGUACGAGGAGGAGCAGGAGGCCAAGGCGGAGCUCCAGCGAGCGCUGUCUCGCGCCAACGCCGAGGUGGCGCAGUGGAGGACCAAGUACGAGACGGACGCCAUCCAGAGGACCGAGGAGCUGGAGGAGGCCAAGAAGAAGCUGGUGCAGAGGCUGCAGGAGGCGGAGGAGUCUGUGGAGGCCGCCAAUGCCAAGUGCUCCUCACUGGAGAAGACCAAGCAGCGUCUGCAGAACGAGCUCGAGGACAUGAUGGUGGACGUGGAGCGUGCCAACGCCGCAGCUGCCGCCCUCGACAAGAAGCAGAGGACAUUCGACAAGGUUCUGUCCGAGUGGAAGCAGAAGUUUGAAGAAUCACAAGCGGAGCUGGAGGGGGCGCAGAAGGAGGCGCGCUCACUCAGCACGGAGCUCUUCAAGCUGAAGAACGCGUACGAGGAGAGCCUCGACCACCUGGAGACCAUGAAGAGGGAGAACAAGAACCUGCAGGAGGAGAUCUCCGAUCUGACGGAGCAGAUGAGCGAGGGAGCCAAGACGGUGCACGAGCUGGAGAAGCUGCGCAAGCAGCUGGAGCAGGAGAAGGUCGACCUGCAGGCGGCGCUGGAGGAGGCAGAGGCCUCCCUGGAGCACGAGGAAAGCAAGAUCCUCCGCGCUCAGCUCGAGCUCAACCAGAUGAAGGCCGACAUCGAACGCAAGCUCUCCGAGAAAGAUGAGGAGCUGGAGCAGUCCAAACGGAACAACCAGCGCGCCGUCGAGACGCUGCAGACCGCCCUGGAGGCCGAGACGCGCUCACGGAACGAGGCGCUGCGCAUCAAGAAGAAGAUGGAGGGCGACCUCAACGAGAUGGAGAUCCAGCUGAGCCACGCCAACCGCUCAGCCUCAGAGGCGCAGAAGCAGCUCAAGAUGGUGCAGUCACAGUUCAAGGAGGCCCAGCUGCAGCUGGACGACGCCCUGCGGCUGGGAGACGAGUACAAGGAGCAGGCGGCCAUGGCGGAGCGGCGUAGCACGCUCAUGCUGGCCGAGGUGGAGGAGCUGCGCUCGGCGCUCGAGCAGACGGAGCGCGCGCGCAAGCUCGCCGAGCAGGAGCUCAUCGAGGCCAGCGAGCGCGUGCAGCUGCUGCACUCGCAGAACACCAGCCUGAUCAACCAGAAGAAGAAGCUGGAAGGAGACAUGGGGGUGCUCCAAAACGAGGUGGAGGAGUCCGUGCAGGAGUGCCGCAACGCCGAGGAAAAGGCCAAGAAGGCCAUCACAGACGCGGCCAUGAUGGCCGAGGAGCUGAAGAAGGAGCAGGACACGAGCGCUCACCUGGAGCGCAUGAAGAAGAACAUGGAGCAGACGGUGAAGGACCUGCAGCACCGGCUGGAUGAGGCCGAGCAGAUCGCGCUCAAGGGCGGCAAGAAGCAGCUCCAGAAGCUGGAGGCCAGGGUGAGAGAGCUGGAGAAUGAGCUGGAGGCAGAACAGAGAAGGAACGCUGAGACGGUGAAGGGAGCGCGCAAGUACGAGAGGCGUGCGAAGGAGCUCUCCUACCAGACGGAGGAGGACAAGAAGAAUUUGGCUCGCCUGCAAGACCUGGUGGACAAACUUCAGCUGAAGGUCAAGGCCUACAAGCGGCAGGCCGAGGAGGCGGAGGAACAGGCGAACGGGAACCUGUCUCGCUACCGCAAGCUGCAGCACGAGCUGGAGGAGGCAGAGGAGCGCGCCGACAUCGCCGAGUCGCAAGCGAACAAACUCCGCGCCAAGACACGUGACGCCGGCGUAAAGAAGGAAGAGUAAAGCUACCUCACAGACACCCUCGUAACACGCCAAACAUGCGUAACCCUUACCGUAAAGAAUCUCUUUGUUGCACAUAUAAUAUGUCAAUAAAGAGGAUACGGCAGGUGCGGCAACAA